AUGGGACUGCUAGUGCAAUGUGUUCUCGUGACAGUCGGGCCCCACUCGACAGCACCCUGGUCUCAGAUAAGCGACGAGGCUGAAGAGGAACGCAAGACUUGGACAUGA